GUGCCAACGGUUACACUCUCUGUACCUGAUAAGAAAGCCCGCGAAUACGGAGUUCCCAAUAUUGCUGCCGAGCAACUGAGCUCAGUUGGUAAAAUCCCCGAGGACUACUGGAGUGCAUUGCAAUUCAAAGCCGAAUUCCACAAGAAACACCUGGAAAGUGCGCUAGAAGCCGAUCAAGUAGUCUUAGCAGAGUCCAAAGUAUUGGAGGUCUUUGGUGAGAUUAGCAACACUUAUCACGAGGGAGACGUAUGGCUUUUCGGCCAAGCUGUUGGCCCGACUAUCCUAGAUGCUCACUUGGUCCCGCUAGUUACCCGUCUUCAAGAUUGCGGGAGGCAAGAUCUGGUACCCGGAAUCUUGGCGGCGUACGCAGGUCGAGUCAGAUCGACGGAUGCAUGGAGAGAAGCGACGCAUGGAAGACCAACUAUGCGGGAUAUUUCUAUGGGCCAUGUAGCUGACAUGGAGCUAUAG